AUAAAAAAGUAUAUUUUGCACUUAAUUUUCGCAGUAAGGAUCAGUUUUAUUUAAUCAAUAUUGUUUCCGAGAAUUGUCAUGACUCUCGAUGAAGAUACAACACACAAGCAGUCGGUUGCGGAUCCAGUGCUUUCGGGUGUGAACAGUAUUGCGAAACCUAAUUACGAGUUGAAGUACACUUUGAGUGGCCACACGAGAAGUGUGUCGGCUGUCAAGUUCAGUCCCUGUGGUGACUGGUUGGCCACAGUAUCUGCUGAUAAACUUCUCAAGAUAUGGUCCGCACAUGACGGCAAAUUCGAGAAGACAAUCUCAGGACACAAGUUGGGAAUAUCCGACGUCUGCUGGAGUUCUGACUCGCGUCUGUUGUGCACUGCGUCCGAUGACAAGACCCUCAAAAUGUGGGACUUCAGCUCCGGCAAGUGUGUGAAGACACUGAAGGGCCACAACAGCUACGUGUUCUGCUGCAAAUUCAACCCACAGUCAAACAUCGUCGCCUCUGGCUCAUUCGACGAGUCCAUCCGGAUUUGGGAUGUCAAGACAGGUACCUCUUUGAGACUCCUGCCCGCCCAUGGAGAACCAAUCACAUCCUGCGACUUCAACCGGGACGGAAGUCUGCUUGUCUCCUGCAGCUACGAUGGACUCUGUCGCAUCUGGGAUGCCGGAUCAGGCCAGUGUUUCAAGACCAUUGUCAACCAUCCCGAUAAUCCGUCAGUCGGACAUGUCAAAUUCACCCCUAAUGGAAAGUUCCUCUUGGCAUCAACUAUGGACAGUCAUAUAAAACUAUGGGACUACAGCCAAGGCAAGCCGAAGAAACGAUACACGGGUCAUAAAAAUGAGAAAUAUUGUCUGUUUUCCUGUGUGUCGCAUACGGGUAACGGAGUGUACAUUGUGUCGGGCUCAGAAGACAAUCAGAUAUAUAUUUGGGAGAUGAACUCGAGACAGAUUGUUCAGAAAUUGACUGGACACACUGAUAUUGUAGUAAGCGUUGAUGCUCACCCACAGAACAAUUUAUUGGCUUCAGGGUCGCUAGAAAAUGACAAAACUGUGAAACUUUGGAGGUCAAACAAUGAACGCUUUGUUUCUGUAAACUGAACGAUUUGUCUUUUUAGUUAAAUUAUUUGAAAAAACUCUUUCAAUGUA